GCUUCACCUCCAUCUGGGCAGCUUCACCCCCGUUAUGUUGUCACCUCCAAGAUGCAUACAAAUUGAUCACUGGCCACCCUCCCACCAACAAAAUGCAUCCUAGUGCCAACUAGAGCCAAUCGAUACUCAAAUUAGGCUUGGAAGAAUUCUCUGGAUAUUUUUAUAAUUUUUAUGGAAAACGAAGUUAAUUUUAGGCAUUUUUUUAAAGUUCCCUUCGUUGGGAUAUGUUAGGGUUAACUAACAGACAUCGGAAGCUGCUAAUUUGCUGACAUGGCAUUAGGGGACAAAGGCAUAUGUAGGCUGUCGUUUUUUGUUUAAUAAAUAAGUUGCUUUUUUUUUUCCUGUUGCUUAUAAGAAUUUAGAAGAAUGCAGCUGCAUGAGAAAUGUAGCAGUCGAAUAAUGUCCUUUGUGUAAAAGAAGGUAAAAGAAAUGUUAUUUCCCCGUCCCUUCCUUUUCCAGCUAUAUAAACCAGCCCUGGCUUAUGGCCCCUUCCUCCCUCCUCUGAGAAUUGCUGACCAGGAUGAUUUGUAGCAACAAGCUGUUGCAAAGAAAUGUAUUUUCAAGGUAAAAAUGUCUGUUUAAUAUGCGUAAUGCUGUGCACAAUAGAUAGGGUGGUUUACUAACAGAAUGGGUGUUUUUAUUACUUAAUAAGGGGUUUUGGGGUGUUGUAACGGAUGUAGGCGUGUACAUACUCACUUAGACAAAAAGAAUGUGCUGUAACUAAUUCGGUGCUUACUCGACAAUUGGGUCGAGGGGAACAGGUAUUGCAAUAAAGAAGCUCGUACUCAAAUCCACCUUUUGGGUCAAUCUGCUUUUUUCUUCUAACAUCUGGCAUCACAAACAGGAUCCCAGCGUAGAGUUGUGCCUGAUCACCACAUCUCGCCAUGGAUUCGAUGACUGGGUGUGUCCCUACCUGGGUGUGUGCUGGAGGCUGGAGGGCCUGGCUCAGCAGAACAGUGAUAGGGAGCCCAGGCUGGUGGAACCGGCAGGCUCAGUGGUUCCCCAGUACAUCAAGGGGCAGCCCGAAGCGGGGGUGGGGGGGCAACCCUUCACACACCCCCACCCGGGAUCCAUCAGCACUGGAAAUCUGGCAACGUCUCCAGCUGGAUGUUGAAGAUCAGAGGCGUGAUCAAGCCGGAUGCGUCCAACCAUGGUAUCACUUCUCUUGCCUCUGCACUCAGCCAUCUCCUCUCCAGGCAGCGUCCUUGAAUCUCUCACUCCCUGCUCUACACACACCCCUCACCCAGCACAGGAUGGACCCCCUGCCUCUGCUCCUCUACCUGUGCGCAGUGCUGGCACCGAGCCGUGGAUUCAGUGUGGAGGUGGAGGGACCCAUCACCUUCCAGGAGGCAGCAGCGGGGUUCGGGCAGAGCGUGGUGCAGUUCGGGAGAGCCAGCGCUGGGGGGCUGAUCGUCGGGGCCCCACUGCAGACAGGAGACGUGAAUGAAACCGGCAAAGUCUACAAGUGCGACCCAGGCUCCAAACGCUGCCAGGAGAUCCCCAUCCAGAGGCCCCCCGAUGCCAUGAACAUGUCCCUCGGUUUGUCUCUGGCUGCUCGAGGCUCCCAGUUCCUGGUGUGCGGCCCCACGGUGCACCGGGCCUGCGGGGAGAACAUGUAUGUGAAUGGCUACUGCUUCCUUCUCGACCAGAGCCUCCGGCAGCUCCGGCGCAUCCCAGACACCCAACCAAAGUGCCCCAAAAAUGGCACAGACAUAGCGCUCCUCGUCGACGGCUCGAGCAGCAUCAAAGCUGUGGACUUUGGAAAGAUGAAGAUGUUUGUCUCUGAGAUCAUGAAGCGUUUCCGCAGCACCAACACGCAGUUCGCCCUCAUGCAGUAUUCGCACAGAUUUAGAGACCACUUCGACUUCUCAAAGUACAGGAGCAGUCAUGACCCUGAUCAACUUCUCCAGAGGGUUAAGCAGCUUCAUGGAUUGACGUACACGGCCAGCGCCAUCCGGAAAGUGGUGCAGAAGCUGUUCAUCUCUAGGAGAGGCGCUCGGGAUGAGGCCACCAAAGUUCUCAUUGUGAUCACAGAUGGGAAGAAAUUCAAUGACUCGCUUUCUUAUUCAGACACCAUCCCCGAGGCUCAGAGAGCUGGAAUCAUCCGCUACGCCAUCGGGGUCGGCAAGGCCUUCUCCAGCGCUGCUGCCCAAAAGGAGCUCCAGGACAUCGCCUCUGUGCCCACCAACGAGCACAUCUUCCGGGUGGGCAGUUUCAACGCCCUCCAGGGGAUCCAGAGGCAGCUGCAGGAGAAGAUCUUCGCCAUCGAAGGCACCCAGUCCCAGAACGGCAGCUCCUUCCAGCUGGAGAUGUCUCAGGAAGGAUUCAGCUCCCUGCUAUCCCCUGAUGGGCCUGUGCUGGGAGCGGUGGGAGCCUAUGACUGGUCCGGUGGGAUAUACCUGUACGGGAGCGGCAGGAAGCCGAGCUUCAUCAAUGUAUCCAGAACCUCCACUGAUAUGAAUGAUGCUUAUCUCGGUUAUUCAUCUCAGGUCAUCACAGCCAAUGGGCAGAGUAGCUACGUGGUCGGGGCCCCUCGCUACCAACACACUGGCAAAGUCUUCCUGUUCAGUCGAGAUACCAACAGCAGAAAAUGGACACCCAGAUCGGAGCAGUUGGGAGAGCAGAUUGGCUCGUAUUUCGGGGGUACACUCUGUGCUGUGGACCUCGACAGAGAUGGGAACACGGACCUGGUUCUAAUUGGAGCCCCCAUGUACUAUACACCUCUGAAUGGAGGACGGGUCUAUAUCUGCCCCAUUAACCGGCUGGGGGUGAUGCAGAUCUGCAGCAAGACACUGCAGGGGCAGACAGGGAAGACGUUUGGGCGCUUUGGGGCCAGCAUGUCUGAAAUCGGGGACAUCAGCGGGGACGGACAGACGGAUGUGGCCAUUGGGGCCCCCAUGGAGAAUGACAAUUGCGGGGCCUUGUACAUUUUCCACGGGGAAAAGGGAGGCUUCAGUCCCCAGUACAGACAGCGCAUAGAGGGGUCGUUGUUUCCCAGAAAGCUGCACUAUUUUGGCCAGGCCGUCAGUGGCGGGACAGACCUGACAGGGGAUGGGCUGCCAGACAUCGCGGUGGGAGCACAAGGGCAGGUCCUGCUGCUGAGGUCCCGGCCGGUGCUCAGAGUCGGGGUCUCCAUCAGCUUCCAGCCCCCAACCAUCCCCACCUCGGCCUUCGACUGCCAGGGGCAGGAGCAGCUCAACACAGAAGCCACCAGGGCAGAGAUCUGCUUCACCGUCACUAAGAGCACCAUGGACAGCCUAGGCAACAAUAUCUCCGGCACCAUCCAGUACAGCCUGGCCCUGGACCCCCGGCGGACGAAGAUCCGAGCCGCCUUCAACUCCAGCGGCCCCGUCCUGAGCAGGGAGCUGCGGCUCGGCGUCGAGAUGAGAUGUGAGACGUACCGGAUAACGUUACCUCUCUGCCCAGAGGACACCGUGACCCCCAUCACCCUGCGCCUCAACUACACCCUGACAGGGGAGUCCAUCGCUGCUGCCGGCCGCCUCAGACCCAUCCUGAGCGAGGACACUGUGCCAGUGUCUGCAGGCUCGCUCCUGUUUCAGAAGGACUGUGGCCCGGAUGACCGCUGCGAUGAACAGUUAGAAAUCUCCUUCAAUUUCUCUGGCUUGAGCACCCUGGUGGUGGGGGUCACCCUUGAACUCAACACCACCGUCUCCAUCCAGAAUCACGGGGAGAAUUCCUACAGCACCACGGUGCAGUUCUUCUACCCGGCCGCGCUGUCCUACCGCCGGGUCCUGCUGCUCCAGUCUAACAGGACCAUGGCUGUUAAGUGCAGCUCGGCCGUGGGCUCCGAGGAGCAGACUCAGAGGAACAGCACCUGCCACUUUGACUACCCCAUCUUCUGGAGUGGAGCUGAGGCCGUUUUCAUCGCCACCUUCGACGUCUCCUCUGAGGCCGACCUGGGAGACAGGCUGCAGAUCACGGCCAAGGCCAGCAGUGACAAUGGCGGCCUCAUCACUGAGCGCAUGGAGCACCGGGCGGAGCUGCCGGUCAAGUACGGCAUCUUCAUCAUCCUCACCAGCCUUGAGGAGUCGACCAAGUACGUCAGCUUCUCCGCCAAGGCGGCAGGGACAAGUGUGCCAGUGACACAUCGGUACGAGGUCAAGAACCUGUGGCAGCGACGCGUCCCCAUCUCGGUCACAUUCCAGUUCCCCGUGGAGCUGAGCGGGGUCCGGGUGUGGGACGCCUCUGAGGUCGUCCCCUCCAAGCCCCAGCUGGCUCAGUGCAUCAGUGAGGCUGAAAUGCCCGGUUCGAAGGACUUUGUGAAGCAGAUGAGUGAGCGCCCCCUGCUGGACUGCUCCGUGGCCACCUGUAAGAAGAUCCGGUGCAGAAUCGCCUCCCUGGAAAUGCAGCAGCCACUGGAGUUCAUGAUCAAAGGGAACGUCAGCUUCCAGUGGGUCUCCCAGACUCAGCAGCAGAAAGUGAGUCUGGUGAGCGAGGCCCGGAUUGAAUACGAGGAGAAAUACACCCAGGAGGGAUUCGUCCAGCGCCAGGUGCAGACAGUGGUGGAGCGCUCCGAGGUCUAUAACUACCUGCCCAUCGUUGUGGGCAGCAGCGUGGGGGGCCUGGUCCUGCUGGCUCUCAUCACCGCAGCCCUCUACAAGCUCGGCUUCUUCCAGCGCCAGUACAAGCAGAGGAUGGAGGAUGGUGUGGAGGGCGAGGGGACUGGACUAAACCAGAGCACAACCACUGGAAACCCCCCUGCUUCUGAUGCCCCCAAACAAUAGCCCCCCAUGUGCCAACGCCCCCAGCUUCACCUCCCUCUGAGCUGCUUCACCUCCGCCCCGUUAUGUUGUCACCUCCAAGAUGCAUAAAAAUUGGUCACUGGCCCCCCUCCCACCAACAAAAUGCAUCCAGUGCCAACUAGAGCCAAUCGAUACUCAAAUUAGGCUUGGAAGAAUUCUCUUGAUAUUUUUAUAAUUUUUAUGGAGAAUGUUGAAGUUAAUUUUAGGCAUUUUUUUAAGUUCCCUUCGUUGGGAUAUGUUAGGGUUAACUAACAGACAUCGGAAGCUGCUAAUUUGCUGACAUGGCAUUAGGGGACAAAGGCAUAUGUAGGCUGUCGUUUUUUGUUUAAUAAAUAAGUUGCCUUUUUUUUUCCUGUUGCUGAUAAGAAUUUAGAAGAAUGCAGCUGCAUGAGAAAUGUAGCAGUCGAAUAAUGCCCUUUGGGUAAAAGAAGGUAAAAGAAAUGUUAUUUCCCCGUCCCUUCCUUUUCCAGCUAUAUAAACCAGCCCUGGCUUAUGGCCCCUUUCUCCCUCCUCUGAGAAUUGCUGACCAGGAUGAUUUGUGGCAAAAAGUUGUUGCAAAGAAAUGUAUUUUCAAGGUCAAAAUGUCUGUGUGAUAUGCGUAAUGCUGUGCACAAUAGAUAGGGUGGGUUUACUAACAGAAUGGGUGUUUGUAUUAAUAAGUGGUUUUGGGGUGUUGUAACAGAUGUAGAGGCGUGUACAUACUCACUUAGACAAAAAGAAUGUGCUGUAACUAAUUCAGUGCUUACUCAACAAUUGGGUCGAGGGGAACAAGUAUUGCAAUAAAGAAGCUCGUACUCAAAUCCGCCUUUCGGGUCAAUCUGCUUUUUUCUUCUAACAUCUGGCGUCACGAACAGGAUCCCAGGGGAGAGUUGUGCCUGAUCACCACGUCUCGCCAUGGAUUCGAUGAGUAUCACUUCUCUUGCCUCUGCACUCAGCCAUCUCCUCUCCAGGCAGCGUCCUUGAAUCUCUCACUCCCUGCUCCACACACACCCCUCACCCAGCACAGGAUG